UUGUCGGCCAUCUUAUUUUCUGUGUCAUCAAACGAGGCAUACCGAACCCCUUGUUUACUUUAAUUUCUGCCUGAUUAUCAAGGGUUUUUUGCCUCUCCUUUGCAAUUAUGUCGGUAGUUGAUAGAUUGGACGCUGCUAAACACUCGAUAACUGGCUCUUAUAUAGCCAAAAUCGUUUGCAAAGCGUCGAGCCGCGAAGUUAUGGGACCGAAAAGGAAGCACUUGGAUUAUCUAACCUCCUGCACACAGAAUGACAAUGUCUCGAUUCCAAACCUGGCGGAUUUAAUAUUUGAAAGAUGCACGAAUUCCAGUUGGGUAGUAGUUUUCAAAGCCGAAUGCACUUUCCAUCACUUGAUGUCUUAUGGGAAUGAGAGAUUCAUCCAAUACAUGGCUUCAAGAACGUCAAACUUCAGUCUUGGUAACUUUCUUGACAAAAGUGGUGUUCAGGGAUAUGACAUGUCAACAUUUGUAAGGAGAUAUGGAAAAUACUUAAAUGAGAAAGCUACUUCCUACACAGAAAUGGGAUAUGACUUUUGCCGAAUCAAAAGAGGAAAAGAAGAGGGUGUUUUAAGAACAAUGGAUGCUCCCAAACUUCUCAAAGCCCUCCCAGUACUGCAGCAGCAAAUUGAUGCUCUUCUUGAAGUGGAUAUUAAAUCAAGUGAAUUGACAAAUGGUGUGAUAAACAGUGUUUUUGUACUUCUGUUUAAGGACUUAAUCAGGUUAUUUGCCUGCUACAAUGAUGGAAUUAUAAAUUUGCUCGAGAAGUACUUUGACAUGAACAAGAAAUCUUGCAAGGAGGCACUUGACAUCUAUAAGAAAUUUAUAACUCGCAUGGACAGAGUGUCUGAGUUUUUGAAAGUUGCAGAAGAUGUUGGUUUUGACAAGGAUGAUAUCCCUGAUCUUAGUAAGGCACCUAACAGCCUUUUGGAUGCCCUUGAAAACCACUUGCAAUCGUUAGAGAAAGGAAAGACAACUAACCCACCUACAACAAAGCCAUUGACAAUACCAAGCAUUACCCUUCCACCGUCAGCAACAGAUGCUUUUAGUGCUGGCAAGUUUACAACUAGGUUUGAAGGAGAUGAUGCUACCGAUGCUGGCCCGAAAGGUGAUCUUCUUGAAGAGGAGGAGAAAAAUCUUGAAGCUUUUAAGAAAGCAAAAGAUUCUGGAACACAGAUUCAAGUACCUCCAGUACAAGCGGCCACUCAGCCACCAGGCCAACCCAAGCAGUGGGAGUUGUUAGGUGAACCAGCCCAGCCUGCUGUGGCCCCACAAGUAUCUCCUAGCAAUGACCUUCUACAACUCAAUGCUGCAUUUGCUGCUGCUCCUUCACUGCCAAGUUCUGCAGCUUUUUCACCAAGUCAUCCCUUCCCUCCAAGCCAAGGCUUUCCAGCUGCACAAGGUUUUGGACCAGGUUCAGCAUCAAAUGGUUUUGGUGCUCCUCAGGCUGGACCCUGGGGUGCUCAAGCCCAAGUCCAAGCUCCUUCCAGUGGUUUCAGCAGCAGCAGUGGCAGUACAAACCCAUUUGACAGCCAAGGUCAGGAUGAGUUUGCAGCAGUUUUUGGUGCUAAACAAAGCACUGUUCAAGGUCAUGAAGGUCUGGGAGACAUCUUGCUCCCAACAGUUCCUGGUGGAGGACUUCCACCAGCACAGGUGGAGAGUGGUAUGAGCAGGGAGCAGUCAGGAACUGACCUUCAUUCCAGCCUGCAGAGAGUUGCCUUGUCUUUAGAUGCAUUUUCCUUAACCAAUGGAAACAUUAUGGGUACCGCUGGUAGAACACAGCAUCAAUGGACAGCUCCAGCACCACAGAGUAAAACUGGUGGACCAAACUGGCAAGCUCCCAUUACAGCAAAAACAACUUUACCAGCUUCAAAUAUGCCAUCAAUGCAGCAGCCAACUGGAUUCAGAUCAGCCUUUGCACAGCCGCAACCAAUGGCACAGCCUUUCAUGCCACCCGGUCAGCCAGUAAUGUUCCCUCCACAACAGGGCUCCAUGUUUCCAUCUCAACCGUUCCAACCUCAGAGACCUGCACAGCCUGGCGACCCAUUUGGACCUGUCCCUGGCAGUCAGGUCAGAUUCUAAACUCUAAGCCUUCACAAGAUGUUGGAUGAUCAAAGUGGUCUGUAAUGAUUACUUCUUGCGAAUAUACAUUGUAAAUCUGGAGAGAUAAUCUCAAACGGAGCUAUUUUCUAAAGGACAGUUUUGUAGCUUAAUUCUGGACUUUCAUGUUGUUCCCAGGGACACCCUGCCCAACCAAGCAAUAUCGAGAGACCUGGGAACAAGCCGGCAACUAAUCAUUCUCACUUCGUUUUGAAGUCAAUCUUUCCUUUGGCACUGUUGCGCAAUUUUGUCGUCACGCGUUUCCUGCGGCCACGCAAUUUUUCUUGGACGCUUUUGCGCGACACUCCAGGAAAGGCUUUCGACAGAAGGAAGAUAAUGCUCUAUGUAAGAAGGGUUUUACGCAAUUUAGGGGACUGAUAGGCCAGCGUGUCAAUGAAUUUUAUCGCUGUAAUUGCAGAAGUUCAAGGGGUCGGUGUUAGUAAAGCUUUGGCACAAAGAUAAUCUCGUUUCGCAAAGUUUUUGUUUUUGGUCAGGGGGUAAUUAGUUUCGUAACGAAUUUAGAAUGUUUUGUAUAAUUUGACCUUUAAAUGCGAUUUCAAGCAAAAUCAUAAUAAGGCACAUGCGCAAACUUAUAACUGGUUUGGUAACAUUUCCACUGAGCGAACUGUAGGGGUUGAUUAUGUGAGUGUUUAGAAGUUAUCUUCGAUUCUCCUUUUUAGCCAAUGUUACCUUUGUGACACCUGUUUUUGAUGUCUUCAUUCCUAGUCAAACUCGUAUGGACUUUACAGCCUUUUCACUGCCUUUUGCCUCCAAAACAAAUGCACUUUGUUGUGCAUUAACAUGGACAUUAUCCUUGUGAUGUGGGUCACAUUCUCACCUGCAUUAUGUUUUGACGUUGAAAGCACCAGGCUGAGCCCGGUGCUAGUAAUAAGCUGGUCUUUUAUCACUUUGUUUUGCAUUUGUAAAUGUGAUCCACUUUACUCAAUCACUGUUAGGUGUAAGGCUCUUGUAGGUGUUCGAGAAUAUGGCCACACCCACCGCCCUCUCUGACUGAUCUCGUGACAGUCACCCUCUUUGAUGGUCAAACACCUUUGAAGGUCAAUGCGCGAAAGUAGCAACACAGUAAAACUCUUGUUCAACGCGUUAAGUAAGGCACGCCCAUCUAUCAUCCGAGCGCGUGGUAUCCAGCCCAUGUAUAGGUAACCUUGGUCCAACUCGCUUGACGAAAUCACUACUCCUAUAGUUGCAAGAAAGUUUGCAAUUUUGGGACGAUUGGUUGUGGCGGUGCACGUGAAGGCUGUAUGGUCCGUCCUGUAUGCCUAUACAUGGACAUUAUAAUUACAAUAAGUUAGUAAAGAUCCUCCAUAAAAAUAAAUAAUAAAUAAGCUGCUUUGCUUCGAAUUCAGCAUAAAGAUGCUUCCUUAUCUAGGAUUAAGUGGUCGUUCAUCAGUCUAUCCAAGGUAUCGUGAUUUUCAAGGUACUUUCAAAAGAACUCGGCCAGAAAUUAGUCCUUUUGAGGCGUUAAAGUGUUCUUGAAAUUGGAAACUCGAUCCGGAUCUUUUUCCUUGGGGUGAUGUAAAGGAGGUUGGCCUCUUAAUUUUGAGUCGUUUGUUUUGACGGAAAAAUUAGUUUUUACAUUGAAAGAAACCACAAAAUAUUGGUUUGGUUCGAUAGAAAACACCAAAUUGGAAAUAAUAAAUAAGAACGAACAGGAACAGUCAAGAAUGGAGAAGAUUGAAACUGAUUGCAAAUGAGAAGCGUAUAAUUUGGAACAAAUCCUUGAAACAGUGAUGUAGCCACUAAUAUGAUUUAUGUCGUUAGUGGUGCUCAUGUGAUUAAAUUUCAUUGAAAAGAGAAAAACUGCAACUUAAAAGGUCAAAAAGGCAAAGCUAAACACGCAGUAUCGUUGACCACUUUGAUGGAUAUUGGAUAUUACAAUCAAAUUUUAGUGGCUUGACGCGGAUCUUCUUAAUUUUCCUAGAGUGAAGGUGAUCGUUUCUUUCCAUGAUUUGUUCGGAAGCUUUUUCUCGAUAGAAAAUAUCGUUCAAUUAACGUGUGCAAGUGUGAACUUUUAAAAAAUGUGACAUUAAACCAAUAUCAUUUCAACGUAUCCUAUUUAGUCAGUAUAUUAUAAAUAGUUGAGACUUUGCUGUAAGUUGGUACCAAUUGUUUAAUAAUGAAAUGUUAAGUGCGUUAGAUACGUAAGUGACACUGCAUGACAUGAACAAUAAAAACAAUGCCGUAUUCCA